AUGACUACAAUCGCCUUCUUUGGAGCAACAGGCGGCUGCAUCAAUGCCUGCCUAGCCUAUACCCUCCUGAACGGCUACCACGCCAGAGCUCUAGUCCGCACGCCAUCAAAGCUCACCAAACUCCUGCUCUCACAGCCCGGGAUAACACCAGAAAUGCUUUCCGAUCAACUGGAGAUCAUAUCCGGCGAUGCAACAGACGUCGAAAGCGUGAAAGAAACACUGGUCACCAACACCGACCCAAACGAUCUCAAACUGGUAACAAGCAUCAUCUCUGGAGUUGGUGGUGCUGCCAUCAUGUCCUACACCAGAGAAAGCAGCUGUUCGAAUUUCAAAUUCCGGGUGCCAGCGCUGCCUCAUAUCGAGUUGGAAAAUCCCCACAUAACGGAACAAACGACCCGCGCAUUGUUGAUGGCAUUGAAGCAAAUUGCGACCUCGUUCCCAUCAAAAGAUGCAUACCAUGCCAUUGCACCUCGUGUCACUGUUAUUUCAACUACGGGUCAUCUGCCCGGCAAUAAAGAUGUUGGGUUUUGGUUCCGGCCUAUGUACUCUGUUCUCUUGCCGAUUCCGCACGCGGAUAAGCUUCAGAUGGAGAGGCUGCUUGAUCAGGAGGCUGGGAUGGGGGUUAAUGGGAUCCUUACUGGUGGGUUGGUUGUUGUGAGACCUAGCUUCCUGACUGGGGAUCAUUUGAUUUCUGUGCAUGAAGGGGAGAAAGGGGGUAGGGGGGUAGGGGUGGAGGGUGUGAGGGUUGGUACGGAGACUAAUCCUGCUAUUGGAUAUACGAUCUCUAGGGCUUUGGUUGGCGAGUGGAUAUAUGAGCAGAUUGUGAAAAAUGGUGCCGACUGGGUUGGAGAGAAAGUCACAAUUACCUCUUGA